CCCGCGUGAACGGAGCGGUGGUUGCCUCCCUUAUUCGGUACGUACGUUCGAUGCGCCCCCUCCAUCACCCCUUUGCUCGCCCAGCAAGAGUCUCGUUUCUCGAGGCAGUGUCGCGCCGAGUGUCGUACCAGGCGUAUUGCUCUCUUCUCCUUUAACUCGACCGGUGUUCUCUCGUACGUUCGGCUAUCGGUAACACCCUUCGUGCAUUCGAUUUUGUGCCGCGUUUCGAGCAUCCCCCGCGACAGGAGCUACGCACACGACCGAGAGGGAAGCUUCUCUUUCCGUCCGUAAUAUCCAGCCGAUUUCGACGCGAGAAGGACGAACACACUCAGGACUAUUCCACGCUAACAGCCGAGUGUCCACGGUGCGAGUGUCCGAAGAUCCGGGCGCGCCAUAAUGGCGGAGGUGGCGACGAAAAAGUCGAUCAGCGUAGUAAGUAGUAAGAAAAGCGAGGUGUGCAGUGUUCAAUCUAACAAUGGUUUGAUCGAGUUGGAUAACCUAACCGCGAGUAACAAACAACUAAUCUCGCUGUGCGAUACCAACGACGACGAGGACGAUCUAAUCCUGACUAAUAACACGCGUAACGAGUUGGACAGCGACGACAAGAGUCUUCAGGAGCUGAUCGAGAGCGAGUUGGCUCUGAGAAUCUGUUCGAACAACGAGCCCGAAGCGGGCCUGGACGACGUGGACGCGGAACAAGAAACGAACAACGAACCGGAAACGGUGAAGAGGAUCGUCUUGGACAGACAACCGGAUAUCGUCGACGUAAAUUCAGAGUUCAUCGCCGCGGAAACCGAGCAUUCUGCUCUCAUCGAGAAAUCUUAUAAUUAUCAAAACGGUCACAUGUCACCGGACACAAAAAUCGGUUACGAGGAGAACGUGAAGCCGGAACCGAUUCAGGUUGGCUUGAGAGACGAGCAACAAGAGGAGAAAGAACAGGAGCAGGUAUUCGACGAACAGCCAGAAGUUGGCAGCGCGAUAGUCGUUCAAGAAACAACGACGCUCGAGAUCGAUACAUCGGCACGUGACACGUUGGACGAUGACAAACCGUAUCAGCAAAACGAGGACAACGAAGAUCCUUGUCCCAAUUAUCCUGUUUCCCGGUCGACGGAGACUGCGGAUAGGCCAGCCGAUGUGUCCAGCAUGAUCCAGGAGUCGUUCGAGCCGAGCUACGAGACGGAUAAGGAGCGAGUAAUCACGACGCCUGUUAUGUACGUUGACAAGUACCAGGAGGAAAAAGAGGUUCAGGACACGGUGCUGGAGACCGUCGACGAAAACGUCGACCAAACGGAAGCUGAAACGAUGGCGGAGUGUGAUCCCUCGAAAAUCGAGCAGCUGGACACCUGGACGGAACAGACAGAAGGUCAACAAACCGGCCAAUUUUCCGAUAACUUUGAUCAAACCCUGUGCCAAGAGGCCGUCGAAGAAUUCGUCAAAGAGUCUUCGCCGCGGGAAAACAGCAAACUGGGGGACUCUAUCGAGCCGGAAUAUAACGAUUCCAAGGAUCCCUCUCCGGAGGAGGACGCGAAAAUGCCCGGGGUAGAGGAUCGAAAUCCCAAGGAGGAGACUUUGACUCGUUCGGAACCGGAAGAGGAGGUUGCAGGCUCUCCCGCGCAGUCCAGGAGCUUCGACGAUGGCAUGAGUCGAUCCGAGAGUUCCACCGAUGCCAUCAGCACUCAAGAGUUCAUAGACACCGAACGUCGAGUGUUGAGCGAGGAAAAUGCCGAUCAGCAGAUCCAGGAAGAGGUGCAGCCUUCGAUGGAGAAGAUCGAUGCUCCUGCGGACAAUUUGUCGGAGUUUGACGAGGAAGCGCAUGGGAAAGAGGAAACGAACGAUAACGCGGACGAACAGAACGUGAUCGUGGAAUCGUCCAGCGAACUGUCUGUCUCGGAGCCUACGUUCAUCGAGAAGACCGAAGUGGUAAUAUCGGAGAGUAACGUGACGAUUUUUUCGGAAACGAGGUGCCUCGAAAACGAGACGGAACCGCAGCUCGAGGAACAGAUUCAAAGUGAACAACUCGAUUCUUCUCUGCGUGCACCGCUUGCCACACCCGAUGACGAGAUCAGCGACGUUUCUAACGCGUGUGACAGCGAAAGCCGCGAGGAGACGUUAACAACGAGCACAACGGUGACCUCUCCAGGCACAAAGGUCGGAACGAAGACGAAGAAAAAGAAGAUCGAGGGGGUAGCCGGAAACGAUGCCUCGCCUAACCUCACUCCUCGCACAAAGAAGACCAAGAAGAGCAAGAAGAGCGAGCUCGAGAAGGAGAACAUCUCCGUGAAUUGUAACAUCCAAGAACCGAGCAUGCACCCUGGUUCCCGACAGAUACAUCCGGAAGCGCUUGAUUUCUCGGACGAAGAUGAUUUGUCGAACGUGAACGUCAAGUCUCUGACACAGACUUACGUGUCGGAGACGAGUCGCAACGAACAGGAUCGAUGUUCCAAGGAAAAGAUCGCGACCGGUGUAUCGAUCAAACAGUUGUGCCGUAGCUUUGGCGACAUCUCGAACAUGAGCGACGGCGAUCAAACGGCGUACAGGAAAACGAAUCACGCGAUGGAGAACGAGGAGAAAGCAAGGUCGCUGGGUGAUCUACGAUUAUGCGAGAAGGGUUACUCGAAGUUCACCAAAGACGCACUGGUCUUCGUCGGGGUGUCGGUCAAGGCCCUUAGGGCUUCCUACUGUAGUUUGGCAAACUUAACGAGCGAGGGUAAGGACACGGAUCGACCGAGGCUCGAGAAGUCGAGCUUCAAUAAAUUCGACGCUCUCAGUAAGAAGACUGUGCUGCAUGUGCGCUCGAUCGACGCGGGCAAAGUGCAACAACAGCUGAACGCCGUGGGUCAAAACGGGGACACGAAUCCAAAUUGCCGUAGCUGCGGCAAGGUCGUCUUCCAAAUGGAACAGACAAAGGCCGAGGGUCUGGUCUGGCACAAGAAUUGCUUCCGGUGCGUCCAGUGUAGCAAGCAGCUUAACGUCGACAAUUACGAGAGCCACGAGAGCACGCUUUACUGUAAGCCACACUUCAAGGAACUCUUCCAACCGAAACCGGUUGAAGAGUCGGAACAGCCUGUGCGACCUCGAAAGCCGGAGCUGAUCAUACGGGAGAACGAGCCGAAAGAGUUGCCGCCCGAUGUGGUCAGAGCCUCCGACAAACCGGACCUGGGUCUCGAGGAGUUGUCGAGCCUGAACGUCAAGUCCCGGUUCCAAGUGUUCGAGAAGGCUGGUACAGAGACGAACGAGAUCGAAAGGUCGCCGUCGCAGAUCGCGGUGAAGAGAUCUCCUAGUAUCCUUAGCAAACUCGCCAAAUUCCAGGCCAAAGGCAUGGAUAUCGGAGUGGCGGAUGAGUCUCUGAAUGGAAUCCCUUACGAAGAGUCGAGCGAGAGCGAGGAGGAAGAAGAGACGGAGGAAACGGACGAGGUGGAAAGCGAGAUCGUAAAAGCGAAACGCACGACUCGCGAGCGUCCGAUCAGUUUCACGAAAAUGGACGACAUAAAGAAUCGUUGGGAGUCGACCAGCCAGCAGGGAAGGAAAGAGGUUCAACGAGAGGCGAGAAAAGAGGAGAUCGCUGGCAUUCGUUCGAGACUGUUCAUGGGCAAACAGGGUAAAAUGAAGGAGAUGUACCAGCAGGCGGUAGCCGGAAGCGAGCGCGUGACGAAGAUCAAUCCAGCGGAGGAGCUACAACACUCGUCGACUCACGCUCGUUCCAUCAAAGAACGAUUCGAACGAGGCGAACCCAUCGCAGCGUCCGACGAUGAGACGGACAGUAAACCGAAACCGGAGAAGGCCGACGAGGAAGUGAUCGCAGCAGGAAUCAGCAGGAAGUCUCGGUCGAUGUUCCUGGAACUGGACGCUUCGGCGGCGAAAACGGGCCGACCAGUGACUCCAGUGAACCCGAAGACACCGGCAGAGGCACCUAGACGCGCUAGAGACGCAUUCAUGGGUCGUCAAGUGUCGGACGACGUGGUUCGCAGUUCGGACACCACCGAGGAGGUCCACGUCGAGACUUCGGACAUUUCGAACAAAUUCAAAUUUUUCGAAUCCUACAAGGAACCGGAAAAGCAACGGAAACAGUUUCGAAUCACUCCUCCGCGCGAUGGUCAAGUGAAGAUGGACUCCCCUGAACGCGAGAUCUAUCGCGAUCCAGACGUGGUCAGAGCCGAGGACAGGGUCGACGAAGUGGUGCACACGGACACCGCCAGGAAGAUGCUGUCGAUCUUCCGGCAGAUGGAAGAGAACGCAUGCAAACAGGAGGUACCGAACGGUCCUAAACCUUUGAAACGUUUCACGCCACCGCCAGAAGACAAGUACGCGAAACCAUCAGCGUCCGACUCCGAGGAGGAGGAAGAAGUGGAAGGCGAAGAGUCCGAAGGCGAAGACAGUGCCGAGGAAAGGGACCCCAACUACGUACGAGCUUCGGAUAAGGUAGAGGACGAGUUCCUGAAGCAAGCGCAAAACGCGGCACGCGCAAAGACUUUGUGCGCGAAAUUCGAACACUGGGAAGAAACGGAUGCAAAGACGACGACGUCGAGCAGUCAGAAUAUCGCAGAAAUGGAAAUCGCGCAGAAUACCGGCGAUCAAUCGAGCAUAGAAUCUGCGAGUAGUCUCAGAGCACGUUUCGAAUCUCUCGGUUCGCAAACGAGCGAAUCUCCGCGCACCCCAAAAGUCAAAGUUAAUCGAUUCGUGUAAAAGGACACCGGAAGUGGAGGAUCUACGAGGCCCAAGCACACGGAUUAACGGGGCUUGAUGAAGGGACGUACAGAUAUACAGGCAAACAAAAGAUAAACAGACACACAAACGAGAAAAUGAACGAAUUCGUUGGAAUCUUGUGCUUCGAGGGAGCCGACAACACUUCCGCUUCGUUGUCUGGAUAAUUGUGCGAUUUUUACGUUUUUCUCUUUUCUUUUUAGAAGUCAUUUGUGACUAGCGUUCUGUUAGCGAAUCUAGCGUAGAUUUUAUGAUGUAUUUGUAUCGUGUAUAGCGAGAUUCAACGAGAACUCGAUCGGAGACGUCGAGCAAUCUUUGUUUUAUUAACUGUACGAGUCGUGUCGAAAGAGACGUAUAUCGUGAAUAUUAUGAAUUUAACCCUUAAAUGCAUGAUUUUCGAAUUUUACCAAAAGUUAUCAACUUACAAAAUACCUUGAAAGCGGUUCAUUCAAAUUAAAACGAACAGAUGACGCUAUUGUGUAUUUGAUUGGUACGUGGCAUAUCUGCAACGCUACUCAUUGCAGGUUUCCCUACAUUUUGUAUAUAAUUUACAAGAUUAAAACUGGUAUGUUGCAUUUAUACAACUAUAUGCAUUUAAGGGUUAAGUUUUGCGUUGUAACCCAAUGUUUCCGUAACGAGUUCUGGAGAGUCCCACUAAUUGGAAGCUUCAACUUCAGCGACUACAUAAACGCUUCUUUUCUUUCGCGUACAAGAUGGUAGAAAAGUUGUUUCUGAGACGACUAGUACAGAUCUAGACGAGUGCAUCGAGCAAAUCAAUCGAUAGAAUUGAAACUCGUUAGAGUAGUUAAAUCUUUCCGUGAGAGGGUAUCGCGAGCAGACGCUCCCGCGAAUCAAUUGAAACCGAGUGCUCGACGUAUUCGUAUCGCAGAACAAAGUCAUUUAACCCCUGCACGACGGAGCGACGAUUUAAUUUCGAUUCAAAGCUUCAUUUCAUUUUAACACGAAAAACCUCCGUUUUUAAUGAAACGUACACACGUAGACCUGGGUCACGAUCGAUACCGCUCCGUCGUUACGAAGGGUUUAACGGCGUUCUCGCUGAACGCGUUCUUCGCCGUUCGAAGAGUGUUCUUUUCGCGCGUCAGUCGGCUACAGUGUGUAUUUCGAACUGCUCUUUUCACCAGGCAAAAUUUGUAAUAACUUUCCACGAAUACACGACAAAGAGGAAUUGUACAACAGAAACGUCGCGGACGAAUCGACCAACGACGCGAAUCGGGAGUUGAUUUGCUUUGCAUCGAGUGCCAAACUUUCAAUUUCCUAUACAUUACAUCUUGGUACACAAAAGUGGAGAUAUCGAUUUACGAAAAGGUGCCAAAUCUGUUCGAUCUGUGGCAAUUUCAUUGGUUUUCUAUUGGCGUCGUUGGGUGCUUCGUUUUUUUAAGUAAAAUCUUUUUCUGUCUCACGAGUGCCAAGCAAAGAAGCGAGAGGAAAACUUCCAAUACGUGUACUGUAUCAGUGCAAGGUAAAAUUAACGAUGCGGUUUAAGAAGGACGUUCACGUCGUGAAAUCAGAAUGUCGGAGGUCCGAAUUCUCACGCACUUAGGAUGUACAUGCUUUUCGAGUACUUUUACAGCUUUUCGCGUGGUACACGUCGGAAUUUUAACACACGAUUAAGGAACGAAAAGGAGCGAAAGGAGCUGAAACGUUUAUUUUAUACCUCUGUAUCUCGAAGCAUUUCACUUUUCUGUCUGAGAAAUUGCAAUAUUUUCAUGAAAGAUAAAUCCACUUCGAAUGUACAUUUAUAUAAAUUGUUGCCGAAAUAUAAAUUUGUAUGAGCUGUCAGAAUUCAUCGAAGAAAUAAAAGAAAAAGGAAAGUGUCUGAAAAUGGACUAUUUUUAAAGUAUUCGAUUUUUUAUCCUGUAAUGAAAGUUUUAUACUUUUUUAAGUAUUUUUAGACAGCUUUUUAUACUUGUUAAUCAUAACAUUUAAGAAAGAGAAAUAAAAUAAGCAGAACAGAAUAAAUGAACUACACAAACUAAUUGCAAGUUGUAUUAAUAUAAAAUUGAAUAUUUGGAAAAAUGUGUCAUUUUCAGUGCAGCAACGAAAUUACACAGUAAAUGAAAGCAUUGGUUGCUUCCUAAUAAUUAUUUCGACUUGUCGAUGAAUUUUCUCGGUUUAUACAAAAACACUGAUACAAUAAUUGCAUUCAAAGUGUUCACACAGCAGCGAUUACAAGUUCCAAAAACAGAGUAGACGAGAAAGUUUAUUCGAGCUCCUUGUACGAUCCAGCCAGUGAAUUGAAUGUUCGAAAAUUCUCGUUCCUCUAGGAGAUAUGAACCGAGACUACGGAUUAAAGUCAAACUAGAACGCUAUCGAAUAUAGACUUUUUUAUAAUUUUUAUAAUGUUCGAUGGACAAACGACGCGAGGACAGAUAGUCCUUAGGUUUAGAAGAGGUCUUUGUAACUGGCGUUAUUCGAUAUCUGUACAUUCGGAUGCGACGUAGGCUCCCUUGGGUCGUCUUUGGCUUCUCUCUGGAUUCUUUCCGAGUUCUUGCUAGGUUUUCCCUGUGUUCUUCCAAACGAAAGGAGACUCCUUUCGCUUAACCCAGAGGAGCCCACGUGACAUCCGCGUGUACGUUAACCCAUUGCGUUCGAGUUGGUAUUACGAAUUAUAAGAUGGAAUUGAUCGAAAAUUAGUCCUGAAGGUACUAAUAUGCCGUGCGAAUAGAUACCGGUAUCGUAAUCGUUUAAAACGCGUUAUUUACUAACGUAAUGGGUUAAUUCCCUCACAAUUACCAUCAUGGACGCACAGUACCCAUUCAUAUACGCAUACACAUAUAAAUCUCUCUAUAUAAAUACAUAUAUAUUUAUCAUUGGUAUAGAAGAACAACGUGUAUAUCGACUCCUUGAUCUAUUUAGAGCGCACCUUCGGAGAGAGAAAGAGAGAGCUCCUGAAAUUGAUUUCGAUCGUAUUUGUUUCGAUAUCUCUCUCGAAAAUCUCUCUUUCUUAUAGAGGUUUUGAGAGUUUCUAUACUCUGCGAGGACAAAUCUUUAAACAGAGUUUCAAAUUUCAAUUCCAGCAGCGCGAAUAAAUAAACAUUCAACAAUGUCGAUCAACUUAUGAAAAAUGAUUCGAAGCUCAAUUUCAGGGUUCGCGAUCUUUUCCUUUUCUGGAAUCGAUUACUUUUUGCGUGGUGCAAAAUUUAAUGGCAUUAACGAUUUUUGUUUAAUCAAAAGGGUGAAGUAUUUGGUAGGUAGAGAAAGAGAGAAAGGGAGAGAGAGAGAGAGAGGGAGAGAGUGAGAGAAAAAGAUUGAAAGGUAUGUGUGUAUAUUCUCUACACGACUUCGUCUAUCUUUUAUCAUCCGUGAAAAUCAUGAUAAAGAGCUUGAACUCGAUCGAUGGAAUUCAGUGCAAUAAUUUUAAGGGAACAUUGUUAUCGACACGAUUCGUGAACGCGAUACGCGCGUUUGUUGUUAAUCGAGAGGGAUAUUUAUUAAUCUUCGAUGAGAAAUUAGUUUGUCGACCGAUUGCUUCAUUCACGGCCUAUUUUACACACACGUGCGAUGUAUUUUAGGUAGGAUUUUUUUCGUUAAGUCUUGGAUUGUAUAAUUUUUAGAAAGCGUAUAUGAUAUUCAUGUUCUUUACCUUAUACCUUUUCACAUGUAACAAUUUAUUACGAUCAUAUUUGCAAACGUUCAAUAAAAAGGCACAUCCUAACGAAAAAAGAAGGAAAACGCAACAAGAUUUAUGUGACUUUUAUGGCGAGAUUAUAUGAAAAAUCCGAGUGAGACACUCGUUUACAAUUUUCCUUUAAAAUUCGUAUUUACUGUUUGGUACUUUCAAUCGGGGGAAGAAAAAUUCCUUUCGAAAUCACCUACGAACAUUCGUCAUCUUAUUCCUUCAUGAACCCAUCACUUUUCGUCCGACGAUAUUUUUCUUCAUUAUUUAUUUUUUUCUUCCAAAA